GCCCAAAAUUUAAUGGGCCAAAGCCCAUGAAGAUUGAUAUCUGAAGCCCAAAUCCCUUUGUUCCAAAAUCUGGUAAUCCUAGACUUCUCACAGUGGUGCCGUCUUCCGCCGUCUGCCACCGUAUACCGCCGCCUACCUCACCGUCUUCAUUUUCCAAACGCCAUCCAUGGGAAGCAUCAGUGCUUUGCAUUAUCUGAAACCAACAAGAACUGCCAAUGGUACAUCCUUGUUCAAUUUCAGUAAAAAUCGCAUUUCCCGAUUACCAGUGGCUUUUCGAAGCUACACCGUGAAAUCGAGUGUUCUAGAACCUCCAGAUGUUCCACGUUUGGCUGAAACUGCUCGAAUUUCACUCAAUCCACAAGAAAUUGAAGAAUUCGCUCCCAAAAUUAGACAAGUUGUAGAUUGGUUUGGACAACUUCAAGCUGUUGAUUUACAGAGUAUUGAGCCAGCGAUUAGAGCAAAUACUGAAGGAGAUAAUUUGCGUGGAGACGUACCGGAGAAGUUUGAGAAUAGAGAAGAAUUGAUUUCUGCUGUGCCAAGCUUUGAGGACCCUUACAUCAAAGUUCCCAAAGUCCUCAAUAAGGAGUGACGUUGUUUAGUUCCAUGCUCAUUUUGGUAAUGAAAUCAAGUCUAUUUACCAGACUGAUACACACAGCUUUCCAAAGGAGAAUAACAUUGCCAUUGACAUUCACCUUCCCAAUCCAAAGAAUGUUACUGAUAAAUGUGAUCAGUUGGAAUCUCAGAAGACUUUGAACAGCCCUUUCCAGUUAUCGCUAUAUCUGCAAAGCAUCACAAGCACUAUCAUCUUGAAAUUUGAAGCCAUUAGAGAUGGGAGAGGAGAGAAUGUUCAAGAAUUAACAUAAAUCAAUUCGAUUACAAUUUUACGAGUUGAAUUUAGUACUGGUAGUUUCGUUUUUCUUUCUCUACUUAUAUGAAUAUAGUCCAUAUUAUUACAAAAGCAAAAUUCUCUUCAAAA